AUGAGCUCCUUUAAUGGUUACAUUCUUCUCCUCCUCCUCCUCCUUGUUUUUGCAUUUACCGUUGUUUCUGUUGAACCACGGCGGGGUUUGCCUCCAGAAUUCACAAGGUGGCAUGUCUACGUCGUUAACGGAUUGAGCGAUGGUCGGAUGUUAUUCGUCCAUUGCAAGUCUGGAGACAAUGAUUUAGGUAGUCGAAAUCUUGAUGUUGGAACUAAUUUCACUUGGAGUUUUCAACAACAUAUUUUUCGAAGAACCCUUUUUUGGUGCUACGUGAGUAAAGAUGACGACGACUACAAUGGCGGCGGUGCUCAUGCUUCGUUCAAGGUGUUCUAG